CGUUAAUAACGUUAUCUCUCGCGUCACUCAUGUCCCCAACAACAACUGCUGCCGCUGCGCAGGAGGAGGACGGGACUGCGGUCCAGGUGCACCGCUGUCAUUGAGAGACGGAGAAGUUUUAACGCUACCGAGAAGAAAAGAGAUGAACCCACAGCGGACGGAAGGCGCCCUGAUUUCGACAAGUGUUAAUCUGUUAAACGAAGCUCGCCAUCGUUUUUUAUCGGUGAUGGGAUGCCUUCGGGAGCAACCUGCCGCCAAACGUUAACCCCUCUAAGGUAUUCUUGCCAAAACAGUAUGCAACCUGAAAAAGAACAUCUUUUCAAAAAUCAGGAUGGACACUAAAGCUGUGAAAUGCCUUUUCUGAGAACUCACUAACUUUUGGAAGAUAAACUUUGCAUAGUUAGGGGAUUUUAUAACACAGCUGUGGCUUUUGACGUACCAGUGCUCCAGGAAAAGUAAUGGAGACAGAAGAGAAGGAGGAUGUACCAAAAAAAGCCACAGCUAAUAUAAAGGCAGAGACAGAGGAAGAUGUGACUUCUGGCCACACCUGUGGGGUGUGUGGCCGCAGCUUUCCUCUUCUCAGCUCUUUGUCGCAGCACAUGAGAAGACACACACGGGAGAAGCCGUACAAGUGUCCAUACUGUGACCACAGAACGGCUCAGAAGGGCAGUCUGAAGGCCCACAUUCGAAGCCAUAAACUGGGCCUAUUCAGCCAUAACCUCAGUGACAAGGAGAAGGAAAGAGAUCAAGGGCAGAAAGAUAACGCUGAGACACCUGACCCUCCUGAAAUUGUCAGCACAUCUGACAAAGUUCAUAAUGUCAACGGGAAAGUGAAGAAGAAAGGAACCAAGAAAAAAGUUAAGAGUAAAGAUGGUGUUGAGGCCGGUGAUGGGGCUGAUGAUGGGUCCUGUACCUGCAGCAUUUGUGGCCAGGUUUUCCCUCAGCUCCUACUCCUUAAAUCUCACAUGAAAAGGCACCGCAGCUCCCAGGAUCACGGUUGCCGGAUUUGCGGACGCCGUUUCCGCCAAGCAUGGUUCCUCCAAAGUCAUAUGCGCAUUCACCGGGUCAAAGCCCAGCUAAGAGGUGGCAAAAGCAAUGAGCUGCCUGCCACCAUCAAUGGAGUUCCUCAGGACCCAGCAUUGCUGACAAAUGAAGAGUGCCUCUAUGAGCUCUGUGCUGGCUGUGGUAACUUCUUCUAUGACCGCAAGACAUUACGAAUACAUGAAAAGCUACAUAAACCGAACCACUGCCGCACUCAGACACAAAAGCCACCACAGGAAGACAUUAAAGCCCCUGAGCUGCACAUUGCUAAGAGUUAUUUUUUGGAAAGCCUGAACCUCACAUGUGCUGGACCAAGGGAAACUCCUGAGGAAAAGAGCCUGGGCAGGCGAAUUCCAGAGCUGGAUCCAGUUUGCAGUUACCAAGCGUGGCAGUUGGCCACAAGAGGACGACUAGUGGAGGCCACAGAGAAAUGUCUGGGAUGGGAGGAGAGGCUAGCAGAUGCUGAGGUGGCAUAUAACACAGAAAAGGGCGAGUAUGUACCCCUGAAGCAGGAGAAGAAGAGGAAGCAAAUCCACACCUCCAGCUCCAACAUUAAGAAGAUUAAGGGUGACACAGGCCUUGAUCACACAUCAAACACCUUGACUCACACUAAAGGUGUUGACAAAAAGAUUUCCCAGAAAGACCGUAUUUUGUUGAACGGACUUGGCCAUGCGUUUUAUGAGGCACUGCAGACUAAGAAAGUCAAAGAUGUUCACCUCACACCUAAACAGACCAACAGCACCAGGAGCCAAGACCAGGAGGAUAAAAAAACAUACUUCUGCGAGCACUGUGAUUUCCACACUGUCGACGCCUCACUACUCAGGUCUCACCUGCACAGGCAGCACCAGGACUUCCUGGGUCCCUACUGCAAACAAAGCACCAUUUUGGACAACAUUAACCCAAGUGGUUCCAAGGCCUCAAGAUACAUGGACUACCUCAGAAACAGGAGUGAAUUGCUCAGUCAGCCAUUCUGGAAUCCUUACACAUGUCCGCCUGACCAGGGGUCAGCAGAGUCCAACAUUAAAACGAAGUCAAAUGGUACUGAGUUUAAAGGGCAGGGACAUACUACUGAUGAUGCUGAUAGUCUUCUUAAUCUGUCUUCAUUACCCAUAAGUGAAGGAGACGGCACUGUAAAUUAUCCAAUAAAGACAGAGGGCCUGGUGAGACAUCAGUGCCCAUACUGCUCCCACACUACCAACUACCCAGAAGUACUGUGGAUCCACCAGCGGGUUGCACACAGGGUGGAUAACAGCAGCUCCAUGGCACCCAAGUGGGCACCCUGCACUAACAGCCCCAAGAUUUUAAAGGCAGGUGCUACCCAGUGGAGACGCACAGGGCCGCCACCAUUUCUCGAAGGCAAGGACUGCCCUGCUUUACCUGCUCCAAGAACUCAACGCACACAGCCUCCAGCUUUGACAACUGGCGGCAGCAGCAGCAGCAAGCACUCAGCCCCCAAGACCAAAUCAAUCGUCCCUAAGUCCAAGCAUCAGUCUAAGGACUCACGUUCUUCAGAUGGGACACAGUCUAGUGGGAGGAUGGGACGCCUACCUCAGAAGAAGUCUGUUGAACAUAACCAGGCAGAAAAGGGGGGAAGUAAAAGCUCCAGCACUCAAGCUACUUCAUCAAGCAGUAUUGUGCACAGCAAGAGUGCCCCUAGUUCCCAGCCUACAAGCAGCCCUAAACACAGAAGCCACAGAGCUGCAGUGGAAGGAAACUUUCCUCAGGAGGGUUUAGGUUUCAUGUUGGCCAGAAAUCAUGGCGGGACUUCAUCUAACGCUUCUGCAGAUAGACCCCAUCCCUGCAGGCUGUCAUGCGACUCCUCUUCUGUUCCUAAGGAUCCUGAUCUGUGGGCUGCCAUGAACAUGUGGGGCCACAAAGCAUAUUUAGAACCACUCCGUUUUGCUCAGGUAAAAAAUCAAUCAACAGGAGAAAUGCCAAUGGACAUUGAUAUUUUGAGUCUCCUGAAAAACUACAGUCCCCACGAUCUGGCUGCUCUUUACCAGCACUGGGGGUUUGUUGAUCCCAGGAUUGAUCCACAAGCAAUGUUGCAGUUAAAUGAAAAUUUUGGAAAAGAAGUCCACCCCACCUCUGAAGCUUCCAAACAAGUGAAUAGCCGCUCCACUUCCUCCUCAGGGUCUCUUCACAAAGGAACGUGAAGUGACAUUGUGUUCCUGUUGGCUUCCAGCCUGCAUGAUACUGCUGAUCAAAGAGGCCUGCUGUUCUUAAAAAGGAACCAGCCAUAACUCCUAAAGGACAGAGGCACUGGAUAAUGCACAUUAUAUGCAAAGCAAUGAGGUGGACUGUUAUUUUGUAAUAUGAUUUAAUUUGAAGUGUUACGCAUGGUUUUUGUUUGUUAAGAGUGUAGAUAUGUUAGUUACCAAAACACACAUGAAGAUAUGUUCAAUGGAAAUGAGGUAAACCUGUUUGAGCUUUUUGUAAACAUAAACAUUUAGGGGGGAUGUCGGUGGAAUUGAAAUGAGAAGCUACAUUUGCUAAAGGAUAAAGAGGACAUAUUGGCUAAAGCGCAGGAGAUAACUGCUGGUUUUGUGUAAAAAAAAAAAAAAAAGUGCUCUAGCUGGUGAGAUCUAGCAAAACAAUACAACCCCCCCUCCCCCCUCCAUAUUCACCAUCAAACAUGAAAAACCAGGAUGCCACUAGAAACAUUUAGAAGUACUUCAAAGAUGUAAACUGUGACCUGAACAUUUUACUUCACUUUUACCUCUCUAUAUAAGUUUCAGUUUGUUGUUUUUAUGUAAUCUACAAGCUUAUUAAAUGUCCGCUUUGGGUUUUAGGUUAGUACUGUAUUUGAUCAUCUCAACAUAGAUAUAGACAGAAUAUGCAGUGGAGCAAUUAAAUAUAAAUUGCAGCUUGUUGUCACUUUUCGGUUUUAAGCCCAUAUUCACAUAAUAAUUAAAAUCCUGAUCUUACAGUAGACAGUUGUCAUCCAUCACUAUGCUAUGACAAGUAUAGUGCCGGUAAUAUCAAAAGCAAAGUCUAGCAAAAGUUAGCUUUCACCGUUUUCAACUACAAAUGAACAAUGAUCCCUCUGUAAGUCACUAUGGGGUGGCUUAAUUAGAGCUAAAUCAGGCUUUAGCACUAUUAUCUCAUCACCCCACACACAUUAAGAAAACAGUUGUGAGAAAAUGUUGUGAUCUAAAAGCUCUUCAGCCCACAAUCACAAGUUGUGGAUUGACUUCAACUCAAAUAACUGGCAGAAAUAUUUCAAUUACGUUUGCUACACAGAGACUUGGUAUACUACAAAACAUAGUCAUACUUUUGACAGAAAAUGAACAUCUCAAGGAAAUUGGAUUUUCUUCAUGUAAAUUCACUCUUGAUUAGUAUAUACUCAAAUAUACCCACAUACAUGCUGAAGGGCAUCAUCAGUUGUCUUCUGCUACAAUCUGCAGUUCUAGUGACCAAGUUAACUAACCAGUUCCAGUUUACAGCUUCUAUAGAUUAUACCACUACACCACUCCUUGUGUUUUUGACCGGUUUUAUAUCCAUGUCAAACAGCGGGAGCAGCACCAUGGUCUUUAUCACUCUAUGGCAAAUCCAUAGCUACCGCCAAACCUAAGAUCCAGAAUGGAUAAUCAAUUCAUGUGAGAAAACCACAGAAAUAUACCUAAACUGGUGGCCAUAGUUGUAGCCAGUCUGUCAAACGUGUGUGUACAAAUGUGCCGAUUUACAAGGAAAUGUGGUGUCCCGUUUUAUGAUUCCAAUUUUGAAAUUUAAAUGCUAUAAUUUGUCCUUUUUUUUUUCUCAUAUCAGAAAUAUAAAGUAAACAUCUGCACUCAUUUCACAUUGUGCUAGUGAUGUAGCAAUUUAAUGCUGUGAUUUUUAGAUGUAGAAACUGUAGCGAUAACAAUUUCUACUGACGUGGCCCUGACUUACAUCUGCCAGUCAAGCUACUAAAGAGAUUGCAGAAUAUUUUGUUUUUGAAAUUCACCUCGUUCUCAAAUUUGUUAUUGUGUGUUUUCUGUUUGCAGAUUUGUUUAGCAUGUCUAUAUUUUAGUUCCGAUUCAGUGUAUUCAUCUCCCAUAGAGAAGUAGUCUAUGCAUUUGAUAAAAAGCCAUCAACUUAUGGAUUCUUGGGAGAUCUUGAGAAUACAUAAUUUAUUAUUUGAUUAUUGACUUUGAUCGGUGCGGAAAACCUGUUUUUUGAUAAAUAUUGUAAAUGAUUGUUUUAUUUAAUGGUAUUUUUGUUUGAUAAGAAUUGAAUUGUAACACUCCUAAGUACUUGAUAUUUGUAGUAACAACAGAAAAUGUAAAAAAAAAAAGAAAAAAGAAAUCAGUGACACACUUGAGGUCAGAGUGCAGGGUCAGUAAGGAGUGAUGCUCCUGCAUUGAGCCUGUGAUCUAAGAGCUGUCUGUAAAGAGACAGCUUAGCAGAGGAGUGACAGGAAACAGUGAGACAGCGAUGUUUAUGCAAGCCUGAACUUUUAUGCAAACCUAAAGCUUAAAUUUGAGCUCUCACUGGGUUCAUUUUUGUGACUAUGUAGACAAAACAGUUUUAACAUUGUUAAUAAUUAUGUUGGUAUCAGAAUUUCUAUUUUCACCAGUUACACGUUUUGUCUGACUGUUACAAUAUACAAAUAAAGUUGGUCAAUGUAGAUUUA